CCUGCUCAUGCUCAGGGGCCGGGGGAGGGGGGGGCCUUGCUCCUCUCCCAGUCCUGCCCCGGCACCGGCUCCACCAUCCAAUCGCUCGGCGGGGAGAGCGGGGCGGGGCUGCAGCUGCCUUCGCCGCCGCCUGCGGCUCUUUCUGGAGUGGGAAGCGAUGGAACAAAAGAAGCGCUGAGCGCGGCGGCGGCAGCAGCGCCCAGGCCGCGCCCGGUGCCCCCUGCCCCGCCUCACUCGGUGUCCCCGGCAGCGGCAUGGAGGGGACGCUGCCCCUCUAGGCUCCGCGGCGGCGGCAGUAGGACCCGGACCUAGCCGAGCCCCCCGCCCCCGGCCAUGCCGAGCGGCAGUGCCGCCGCCGCCUGCCCCCAGGAGGAGCCCCCCGAGGCCCAGCGUCUGCCCCCGUCGCCGCUGCUGCUGCUCCAGCAGCCGGACACUCUGCUCCUGCGGGAGUGCCUGGCCGGGCUGGGCCUCCACGAUCACGGCCUAGCGGGCAGCGGGGAGGCGGCCGCCCGGCAGCAGGCCCGGGAGCGGCUGGCGGGGCUGCCCCCGCUGCCUGAUCCGGCGCGGGAGCCGGGGCCCGGCGGGGCGGAGGAGGUCGAGGACGAAGGGGACCUGGAGCUGGAGGAGGAGCUGCUGGCGGCGGAGGAGGAGGAGGAAGAGGACCGGGCCUCGCUGCUGCUCUCCUCGUCCUCCUCUUCCUCGCCCUCGCAGCUGCCGCCGGGGGGGCCGCCGCCGCUUCACCCGCUGCUGCCCGGGCUCGGCUCCGUGCUGCUCUCCCCCGCCGCCGCCUUCGAUGCCCAGGAGCCGGCGGUGGCCGCGGUGCUGUACGGGGCGGACGAUCCCCAGGGCAUGAUGGCGGCGAUGCUGUCCCACGCCUACGGUGGCGGCCUAGGCGGGGGGCCGGCGGCGGCGGCAGCCCCGGCUCUGAACGGGGAGCAGGCGGCGCUGCUGCGGAGGAAGAGCGUCAACACCACCGAGUGUGUCCCGGUGCCCAGCUCCGAGCAUGUGGCCGAGAUCGUCGGCCGUCAGGGUUGCAAAAUAAAAGCAUUAAGGGCCAAGACGAAUACUUACAUUAAGACCCCUGUUCGUGGAGAAGAACCCAUUUUUGUCGUCACUGGACGAAAAGAGGAUGUAGCCAUGGCCAAAAGGGAAAUUCUCUCAGCAGCUGAACACUUCUCCAUGAUCAGAGCAUCACGCAACAAAAAUGGUCCUGCUCUGGGCGGGCUGCCAUGUACUCCCAACCUGCCAGGUCAGACUACAGUCCAAGUCAGGGUGCCUUACCGUGUAGUUGGGCUAGUGGUUGGACCCAAAGGAGCUACAAUCAAAAGAAUUCAGCAGCAGACACACACAUACAUUGUUACUCCCAGCAGAGACAAGGAGCCAGUCUUUGAGGUUACAGGGAUGCCUGAAAAUGUAGACCGUGCACGUGAAGAAAUAGAAAUGCAUAUUGCCAUGCGCACUGGAAACUACAUUGAGCUGAAUGAAGAAAAUGAUUUCCAUUACAAUGGUACAGAUGUGAGCUUUGAAGGCGGGACUCUUGCAUCUGCUUGGCUUACUUCCAAUCCUGUCCCUCCUAGCCGCACCAGAAUGAUUUCUAACUAUAGAAAUGACAGCUCCAGCUCCUUAGGAAGUGGCUCCACUGAUUCCUAUUUUGGAAGCAAUAGAUUGGCUGACUUCAGCCCAACAAGUCCAUUCAGCACAGGAAACUUCUGGUUUGGAGAAACGUUGCCCUCUGUAGGCACAGAAGACCUUGCAGUUGACUCUCCUGCAUAUGACUCCUUACCAACACCUUCCCAAACUAUCUGGACCCCUUUUGAACCAGUAAACCCGCUAUCUGGCUUUGGUAGUGACCCUUCUGGUAACAUGAAGACUCAGCGUCGAGGGAGUCAGCCAUCCACUCCUCGUCUGUCACCUACGUUUCCUGAAACUUUGGAACAUGCACUUGCUAGGAGAGUGAGAAGUGACCCACCCAGUACAUGCAACCAGGUUGGCCUUCCAAUAUACAUCCCUGCUUUUUCUAAUGGUACCAACAGCUACUCCUCUUCCAAUGGUGGUUCCACAUCCAGUUCGCCACCCGAGUCUAGACGAAAGCAUGACUGUGUGAUAUGCUUUGAGAAUGAAGUUAUUGCUGCCCUAGUUCCUUGUGGCCACAAUCUCUUCUGUAUGGAAUGUGCCAACAAGAUCUGUGAAAAAGAAACUCCAUCAUGUCCAGUUUGCCAGACAGCUGUUACUCAGGCAAUCCAAAUUCACUCUUAAAUAUAUAUAGAUAUUAUAUAUGGACUUUUUAAACUCUUAAAGGCAUGGGUGUAAUGGUACCCCCUCCUCCCCAAGUAAACUUCCUAAUUAAUUCUGACUGUUAUUGGGCUUUCUUGGGAAUAGGCUAAAGUUGUUAGUAAACUUUUAUCCUUUCUAAAAGGCUGCUACGGUAACACUAAACCUAGAUCGUCUCUGUCCGGUGUGGUUUAAACAGAUGGCAUGUUUAUCAGAGAUACAUCUGGUAUAAGGAGGGGAGAAACUUUAGAUCAAUUUCAAAACCAAGAAAACAAAUUAAUUUUACAGGUUUUCUUAGUGAUCUGUAUUCGUGUUGGUAACGUCUGUGUUCUGGAGGCAAUGAACCCUAUAGCCUAAACAGAGAAUUAGUCUGCGCUAGAGGGUUCGUGGUAUUAUUGAUGUAUCAAAAAAACACUUCCAAUGCUGCCUUCUUUACACUGCCAGUUUUGAAAUACGUUUUGGGUUUUGUUUAGUUUUAUUUUACAACAACUUAUGCCUAAUUCUUCAGUAUUGCAAAUAACUUUUUAAUGCACAGUUUGAUUUUUUUUUUUUUUGAAUGGAUAAGGUUGUUGGCAGUUUUAAAUAGAUCACUGUUAAUUGUAGGUGGGGCGAAGAAAUGGGACGGACUGCCAAACUGACCUUCAUCUCACCCAGUUUGUAAACAAUGGUAUGUUCAGAGGAUCAGGAACGAUUUGGUCUCCUUCAUUGUGAAUUCCUACCCACUGUUUUUCUUAAUGGAUUGUGGAGUAGCCUGAUGGUGGCUUGAUCCCAUUUCAGUAAGGGCUUUAGGGUGCACAUACUUUGGCUAAUAGUGAGGAUGCUAACAUUCCAUUCACUAGUCUGAUCAUGGUGUUCUUAAAUUACAUUUUAGAGAUUAUAUAGUUCAAAAAUGUGAAGCAUUUUUAUGUUCAAUCCAUACUUGUCUUGCACAUUAUAUAUAUAUAUAUAUAUAUAUAUAUAUAUAUAUAUAUAUAUAUAUAUAUAUAUAUAUAUAUAUAUAUAUUUUAUUUUAGUAAUGUAAAGGAAAAAGGGGGAGGUGUGUAUGUGCUCAUGUAUAAUUCCUGAAAGCAGCUGCGACCAUGGCCCUUCAAUCAUUUUACGUCAUUUCAAAACUGUUUCCAAUCACAACAAAAGAUGGCUUUCGAAUGUGCUGCGUACAUUUCAACCUGUGGAUGUCUCUAGCUUCUUCAUCCUCAGUAUAUUCCAAAAUCUGUGCUGGCAUAUGAAAAAAUGAAAACCCCUCCACACACACAGUGGAAUUUUCUAUUUUUUUAAGCGUUAUUUUCCCAAGACACACACAAGCUUUUUUCCUCAGUAUAACAAAACAAAUUCUAUAUAUUGAACUAGUAAAUAUACAAAAAUUUUAUUUUUUAUUUCCACUUGAAGAGUUACAUUUCGUAUAAAAGUUUACAAAUAAUGGUUUUUAUUUUACGAUUUUUUCAGUAUAAGAGUUGCCUUGAUGGCAUAUUAUGUAAUGCAUAACUUUAAUGCUGAUUGCUUGUAGAAUAGUUAAAUGUCAGUAUUGAAACCUAAUCUUUAGCUGCAGUCUUGUAGAUAUGAACAAAUGUUCACCAAGCAUGUAUUUUGUAUUUUAUUGCAUUGUACACUGCAACUAAUAAGCCAAGGAAUCGACAGAUAUUAGGUGCGUGUACCAUUUCUAUAAACCACAAACUAACAAUGACAAACUAUCAAUAUAGUUUAGUAUUUGCUAAUUUUACUACACUCUUCUUUUUGUUAUGUAUAUGUAGGGAGGUCAUAGGGAUUAUAAAUUCAAUUUGAGUAAAGUUUAAAAACCAUAUAUUUUAUGAUAAAGGGCCUUUAACUUAUGAUGGCCAAAGCACUGAUAUUAUAUAUUUGCUGUAAAGAGAAUAUAAGAGUUUUAUUUUUCUGAUAUUAAAAGUUACUUAAUAAAGACUUGUUUCCAUUAA